CCGGUCAGCGUCAUACCGAAGAACAUAUUUAAGAAACAUCGCAGAUGGUGGCCGUCACUGCAAAAAACAUCGCUGCGCUUGACAUGCUUCCUCGGGCCAUUGCCAGUUGUCGGCCAGAUAACCAUGAGGGUUCAGUCUGGAUCGACGGUUGUGACCAGCACGCUAAUCGUGGUGGCAUGUAACGGACCACUGCUCUGCGGCCGGAACACGAUAGAGUCCUUCCGUAAGGCGGGUGUGUCCUUCUGGGACACUGGAACCACCUCGAGUGUAAAUGUUGUUCGUGAUAACAGGAUGGCGCCUCUGCUCGAUGAAUUUUCCGAUCUUUUCGAGAACAAGCUUGGCUGUUGCAAGGGCCCCCCUGUUCAAUUACACCUUAAAGAAGGAGUCCGCCCACGUUUCUGUAAGGCACGUACAGUGCCUUAUGCCAUGCGCUCCAAGGUUUCAGCCGAGAUCGACCGUCUUGUACAAGACGGAGUGCUUUCGUCGAUAAGCAUUUCAGAUUGGGCAACACCGGUGGUGCCGGUAGCAAAAAAGAACGGCGAUAUACGAUUGUGCGGCGAUUUCAAAUUGACAGUCAACCCGGCGUCGCACUUGGAACAGUAUCCCCUGCCCAAAGUUGAAGACAUAUUUGCGGCGCUUUCUGGAGGCGAAGUCUUCAGCACUCUGGACCUGCGCAACGCGUACAAUCAGCUGCCGCUGGACGACGAAGCUAGAAAGAUCGCGGUACUCAACACACACCGGGGCCUUUACUGCUACAAUCGCCUAGCAUUUGGAAUUGCUUCAGCCCCCGCCUUGUUCCAGCGACGCAUGGAAUCGAUUUUGCAAGGUUUGCCGAAUGUUCAAGUGUACCUCGACGACAUCAUUGUGGCGGAGAAGGAAAACGACACAUCUGUACUGCGGCAGGUGUUUCAGCGGCUUCGUGAACACAACUUGAAGUUGAACAAAGCCAAGUGCCGGUUUAGGGAAGCACAAGUGUCGUUUCUGGGGCACCGCAUCGAUGCCAAAGGUCUGCAUCCUCUGCAAGAUAACCUCGAGGCGGUACUGGCCGCGCCGAAGCCAACAUCGGUAAGCCAGCUGAAAUCUUUCUUGGGCUUGGUUACUUAUUAUGCUAAAUUCUUGCCCAACUUGUCAACGACGCUGGCUCCCUUAUAUUGCUUGCUGCAGUUGGCAGACAGCACGAGCGAGGACAUGCUUCUCCGACAGGUGAAGACGUGGAUUCUUCGUGGUUGGCCAAACCAGCUGGGGCCGGAGCAACAGUGCCUUCAGCCGUACUUCACCCGCAGAUACGAACUCACUUCAAAUGGAUUGGCGGAGCGGGCAGUGCGCACCAUUAAGGAAGGUAUCAAGAAAAAUAAGGAUGGAAGUCUGCUCAAUCGUAUUUCCAAGUUCUUGCUACGCUACAGGGCAACACCGACUCGAGAUGGCAAGUCACCCGCCGAGAUGUUGCUGGGUUUUCAACCCAGGACCCGCCUAAGCGCACAUUUUCCAGAGGAAGAGGUGGCACGGGAUCCCACGGAGCCCAUUGGCGACCGCCGUGGCUCGUGCGCGGUCGACCACGGCCUACUGGCUCGCCAGGUCGAAGCAGCCGAGCCGGGCUGCCUCCCAGUCCUCCCGGGUGUGGUUUGGUUUUGGGGUGCGGUUCGGGUUUGA